CCUUCAGUGAAAGGAUGAGGUUACCACCAGGUUAGGCCAGACACUUACUUCUAGUUGUUUUGUUUAGGGUCAAGGUCCUGACCAUCUCCAAAAAUGGGUUACUAACUGGGUUUCCAAGAACUCCUUGGCUCUAGAGCCCCUGUCACAGGGAUCCGUGUAUUCCAGUGUACCUGGUUAUGAGCUUAUGGUCAUGAGCCAGCACCUAGAAAUUGCCUCAUCUGCUCCUAUCUAAAAGUGCUGGCCCCUGUAGUCCUUCCUUCUUCCUUCCCUCCCGCCUUCUUUCUGUCCCUUCAUCCCUCCCUUCCCCCUGACUCCCUGAUACAAGCUGGCCUUGGACUCCCUGUUUAGGUAGGGAUAACCUUGAAUUUCUGUUUUGGUUUUUGAUGUGGUAUAUGUGAAUUUGUGUGUCCAGAUAUGUGUGUCUUGGUGGCCAGAGGUCAACAUCAGGAAUCUUCCGCUAUUGUUCUCUCCUUUUUUCUUCUGUUUUUGAGGCAGGGCUUCUCACUGGGCCUGGGUUCAGUGGCUAGACUAGCUGACUGGAGCGUCCCCAGGACCUGCCUGUCUCCACCUUGCGAAGUGCCGUGUGCAUGUGCCACCAUGCCCAGCUUUUACGAGAAUGCUGGAGAUCAGAGUUCAGAUCUCCUUUACUUGCCAAUCCAUCUCCCCAGAGCUACGACCUUGAACUAACGAUUUUCCUGCUUCCACUCCCCGGGUGUUGGAAUUACAGCCAUGUACCACCGGGCCUGAUUUUUGCAGUGCUGGGACCAAAGCCAGGGCUUUGUGUAUGCUAGGCAAACACUCCGUCCGCUGAGCCCCACUCCUGGUCCCCAGGCCUGUCACUUUAAGGCUGAGCUGCUGCGGAGCCCUUCAGUGUCCUUGCUCAGCUUUGCUGGGUUGUUCCUGAGACUGUGUGUGAUGCCAAGUGCGGAGGGAAAGCCAGCCUCACGGCGUCAGUGCAAAUGUCUCCUGCUUCACCAUUGUCUGGGAAGGGCAAACUCUUGCAGCUAUUUUUAUUAUAAUUACUCAGUCUCUCCCACCUCAUUAAGCCUGAAUCUUUCAAGCCUGAAUACCUGGUUAAGCGUGCAGCCUCUAUUUAUUGAUCUACCUCUGUGUACACAGACACAGACACACACACACACACACACACACACACACACACGAGUGAUUGCCAUCUAGAGCUGGACACCUGCAAGUAAUACAAAUUUUAUUUUUUGAAAAUAGAAAGGAAUGUGGUAUCCUGCUGGCUCUGCCGUUUCCUUGUUUUGCUGGAUUACAUAUUGUCAGAGUUCUAUGUUCUGUGUCCCCGGGCUGGGCUAAGGCUCGGUGGCAGGGCUGUAGGCUGGCUCAGUGAGAGCCUGGGCUCCAGCCUGCCCCAGGCACACACAGAGGCCUAUGUGCCCUCAUCUGUGGUUCCGAUACUGCAAAUGCCCCUCCUAACCCAGAAGUCCUGACUUGCCAUCGCCAGGGCCUGCCGCCUGUGUCUCUAUCUCAGCCUCAGUUUCCACCUUUCAAGAGGCCAUGGACUUGGACUUUAAACGUGCUAUCACUAUGACUGUGACCUCGCCCAAGCUAUGGCAUUAUCAUCCUUUCAAAAUGGAAUACAAAGUAGAUUUUUGAGUCAUCUAAAAUCAUUCCUUGGUGCCUUUAGAGACAAAGUUCCAAUAAGAAAGCUUAUCAAUUAUACUUUUGUUUCCAUUCCAAAACUCAUGACUGCUCCCUCAAAGGCCUCUUGUUCUUACCACAGAACAUUGCUUACAGUGCCCAGAUGAAUGGCGGCAAACUCUGGUCUCUGUAUGGUACAUUUAUUCCCUGAGAAAACAAGUAGCAGUUUGAGAGGGGGUAGGCGUGGAAGGGAGAAGGCUUCUCCCGGAGGAGCUUUUGCUGAUGAAGGAUUCUGACUGAGGAUCCCUAGGUCGAUUCUGUUGCUGAAAUAAUUAUGGCUUGUUUCUGGAACUUUUAACCAAAUAAUACACAGAACUGGUAGCCUAUGGAGUUUGUUUGGGAACACAGACAUAAGUGUCCUGAGUCGAGGUUUGGGCAGAUGUUAUUUUUGGAUGUUAUUUUGGAUGGGUUGCCAUUUUCUUCUCAAAAAACAGCAAUGGGAUUCCUUGGUUUGUCAGUGUUACCUUGGUAUUGAACCAGGAUUCUUGGCCAGUUGUCAGCCCCUGUCUGUCUCCAGUGGGCAGCUGCCUGGCAGUGUACACUGCCAGAUCAAUUUCCGUGCCAGGGGAGGGCCUUCAGCGGGAGGCCAGGGUGUUUUUCAGAACCGUGUUGAUCCUAGCGCUGCAAAAACCAGGCAUGGUGGUGCCUAGCUGGAAUCGCAGUCAGUGGCACAGACAAUUAUGGGGAGUAAACGUUUCUGUUUUGAAGGUGGGAGGAGGGGGAUGCAGAAUUGUGAUUCACUUGUGUCUAGUUUCUUAUGGUAAGUAGAGUCUACUCACUACAAAACUUCCAGUUUUCCAGAAAGCUCCAUGCUAUCACUGUGAGAAGGAUUUCAUUUCCAAACCGGUUAUGUUUUUAAGCAAGUGAUCUGGAGUGGCAGACAGAGCAGAAAGCAGCGGAGAGGCUCACUGAGGUUCAAGAUUUACGGUCUGCAGCAUGUCUGGAGCCCGCACUGCGCCUGCUCGCCUCCUCCUCCUCCUCCUCGGCUGUUCUGCGCUUGCGCCGGGCGUCGCCUGGGGCUCUCUGGAGCAGCGCGAGGCCGAGAACUACGUGGCUGCUGUGUACGAGCACCGGCCGGUGCUAAGCCCAAAUCCGCUGGAGCUCAGCAGCCGCCAGGAGGCCCUGGAGCUCAUGAAGCAGAACCUCGACGUCUAUGAACAGCAAGUGAUGGCUGCAGCCCAGAAGGGUGCACAGAUUAUAGUGUUCCCAGAAGAUGGCAUCCAUGGAUUCAACUUCACAAGAACAUCCAUUUACCCUUUCUUGGACUUCAUGCCAUCUCCCAAGCUGGUCAGGUGGAACCCGUGUUUGGAGCCAUUUCGGUUCAAUGACACAGAGGUCCUCCAGCGCCUGAGCUGUAUGGCCAUCAGGGGAGACAUGUUUCUGGUGGCCAACCUUGGAACCAAGCAGCCUUGCUUUACCAGUGACCCGGCGUGCCCACACGAUGGGAGAUACCAGUUUAACACAAACGUAGUGUUCAGUGACAACGGAACGCUUGUUGGCCGCUACCGUAAGCACAACCUGUACUUUGAGGCAGCCUUCGAUACCCCUGCUGACGUGGACCUCGUCACCUUUGACACCCCGUUUGCUGGCAAGUUCGGCGUGUUCACCUGCUUUGACAUCCUGUUCUUUGACCCGGCGGUCCGACUCCUCAGAGACUCUGAGGUGAAGCACAUUGUAUACCCCACGGCCUGGAUGAACCAGCUGCCUCUUCUGGCAGCCAUCGAAAUCCAGAAAGCAUUCGCCACUGCCUUCGGUGUCAGCGUCCUGGCAGCUAACAUUCACCACCCGACUCUGGGGAUGACUGGCAGUGGCAUACACACCCCCCUGAAGUCCUUUUGGUACCAUGACAUGGACAGCCCCAAAGGCCACCUUAUAACUGCCCAGGUAGCCACAAACCCACCGGGCCUCGUUGGGAAUACAACUAGUGAAAUGGACCCAUCCCACCAGAAGUUCUUAAAAGUCCUGUCAGGUGACCCGUACUGUGAGAAGGAUGCCCAGGAAGUGCACUGUGAGGAGGCUGCCCCGUGGACCGUGAACGCACCGCCCACCUUCCACUCGGAGAUGAUGUAUGACAAUUUCACCCUGGUGCCCGUCUGGGGAAAGGAAGGCUAUCUGCGGGUGUGCUCCGGCAGCCUCUGCUGUCACCUCCUGUACGAGAGGCCCACGCUGUCCAAAGAGCUGUACGCCCUGGCUGUCUUCGACGGACCCCACACCGUGCACGGCACCUACUACAUCCAAGUCUGCGCCCUGGUCAAGUGUGGGGGCCUUGGCUUCGACACUUGCGGGCAGGAGAUCACAGACGCCCAAGGCUUAUUCGACUUUCACCUGUGGGGGAACUUCAGCACCUCCUAUAUCUUCCCUUUGUUUCUCACUUCCGGGAUGACUCUGGACAGCCCUGACCAGCUUGGGUGGGAGAGUGACCACUAUUUCUUGAGGAAGAGUGGACUGUCCUCCGGCCUGGUGACAGCAGCUCUCUAUGGGCGGUUGUAUGAGAGGAACUAGGACAAUUGUGUGGCCAGUGGGCUGGGCUCCGCCAGUUUCCUCCUCACAGACCACAGAUCCUGAGCGCUGGGACCAUCUCUGCCCAGACGGUGAAAAGGCACGUCUGAAGCAUUUGAUCCCACCCUGGGAACUGUAAAAAGGUGGGAGAGGCAGCUCCUUUUUCCUCUCUCCAUAAUGACCGAGACAUUUUCUGCUAUUUUCUAUUCACAUUAUCCUUUUUCAAGCCACACCUUCCCACUACACAAUUGGUUUUAAAUGCUAAGCCAAAAAAUAAACAUCAGUUGCUAUUUUCUCAA